UGGAUAAAGUUCGCCGAUGACGUAGUACAUUCUUGCAAGACUAACUUUAAGUAAAAUAAAAGUUACGCAAAAAAGGUCAAGCUCAAAUACCUUAAAUUGAAAAUAGUACAACAUUUCAACGCAUACGUGGUUGAUAUAUUAUUGACACUGUCAAGAAGAAUAUAAACGAUUGAUGGAAGCCUUUAGCCUUCUCCUGUUAUGCUUCUCUCUGCUGAAUUUAAUACAAUUUUGUGCUCCAAGAGACACAAUUAACACACUGCAAUCUAUCAGUGAUGGUGAGACAUUAGUUUCAGCAGAUGAAACCUUUGCAUUGAGAUUCUUCAGCCCUGGAACUUCCAAGAACCGUUAUGUUGGAAUUUGGUUUAACAAAGAUCCAACAAAGGCAAUAGUAUGGGUUGCAAACAGAAAAACACCCCUCACUGACUCCUCAGGGGUUUUGAAGGUCAACACCACCGAAAUUCUAGUCCUUCUUGAUAGUAAUAAUAGUCUUAUCUGGUCAUCCAACACGACAGGAUCGGCACGAAGUCCGGUUGCAAAGCUUUUGAAUUCUGGGAAUUUUGUUGUGCAGGAUGACAGCAAUAGCGACACGGAAGAUUUUGUGUGGCAAAGUUUUGCCUAUCCAGGCGACACAAUCUUGCCUGGACAGAAGUUGGGAAGAAACUUAGCUACAGGACUAAAUCGGAGGGCAACAUCAUGGAAAAGCUCUGAUGAUCCUUCUCCAUUAAAUUAUUGGGAAAUAGCAGAAGUUAUAAUAGCAUGGAAAAAUGAGCUUAUUAGACAUUUUUGGUUCUUUUUCUUUAACUCAUUACAUGCUACUUUGUAG